AUGGGUCACUCCAUCCAGGUGGGGUGCAGCCCCCUUCCCCUGCCAAUCUUCCUCCCAUGUGCAUCUGCACCCACUGCCAUCAAAGCCUCCCCUUCAGCCUGGCAGGCCACCAGCAACAGUGCAUGGGACCUCUGCAUCCAGAUGACCUGUGCCACCCAUGCCACCUCCUUCUUGUCAUCUGUUGCCACUGCCUCCGCCACACUGGGCUCCCCUACAGGGCCUGUCCCCUCAACAACUUCGGCCCCUGUGCCUGACCUGGGGUCCACCCCUGACCCCUUUGUGAUGAUGUCACUGCUUGAGGUGUGGCUACGGGGUGUUUCCAGCAACAUCACCUCAUCUGUCAUGGACCCCCUUCGCCACCUGGAGUGUCACAUCACCUCACUUGUGGCAGCAGUGUCGGCCAGCCCGACUCCCACCCAGACAGCCACUUCCUCUUGA